AUGUCAACAUGUUUAGUUACAGGCGGCACUGGCUUCGUUGGCCUCUACGUGAUCAAGCUUCUACUCGAACGAGGCCACAAAGUCCACACGACCGUCCGUUCCCUGAAGAACAAGUCCAAGUGCAAGCCGCUCCUGGAUCUUCAAGCUCAAUUCCCCGGUCAGCUUCACAUAUUUGAAGCCAACUUGAUGAAACUCGGUUCCUUCGCUGAAGCCAUGAAGGGCUGCCAGGUCGUUUACCAUGUCGCUUCCCCCUUUCUGCUCCCGGACCAAAUCACGGAUGGAUUCAAGGACUGCGUGGAGCCAGCACUCCAAGGCACCAAGAAUGUUCUAGAGUCGGUCAAUGAAAUAGAGUCUGUUCAGCGAGUCGUCCUCACCUCCUCUGUUUCUGCCACGUACGGAGACAACGCCGAUGUACUCAAAGCGCCGGACCAAACUCUUACAGAGUUGUGCUGGAACGAGAGCAGCAGCGUCAACCAUUACCCAUAUGCCUACUCCAAGUUGGUGGCCGAGCGCGAGGCCUGGAAGAUGCACGAGCUCCAAACCCGCUGGUCUCUCGUGGUCAUUAACCCCGGCCUGAUCGUUGGUCCUUCCCUUACACCCGACUCCGUCUCUGGCAGUUUGCACUUGCUUGAGGCUAUGUACCGUGGUGAUAAUCGCAUGGGUGUUGCAGACCUAUCCUACCCGGUUGCCGACGUACGGGAAGUCGCCGAAGCACACGUAAAGGCUGGCGAAGAUACGAGCCUCAAGGGCCGUUUCAUCGUGUCGGGUGAUCGUGCGAUUUCCCUGCUGGAGAUGGCUGGCUUCGUGCGUCCGGUUCAUAAGAAUCCCAAGGCGCUUCCGUGCUGGAACCUGCCUACUCUGAUGGUCUAUGCUGCUGGACCCUUCAUUGGCGUCUCCAAGAAGUGGUCGUCUGCCAACCUCAGCACCCCCUUCAAGGUUGAUAACAAGAGGAGCAUUCGGGAGCUAGGGCUCAAAUAUCGCCCAGUUGAGGAAACCUUCCAGGCGCAUUAUAAGUCCUGGGAGCAGGAGCGGGAGCAGGAGCAUGAGUAG